AUGGGCCUGCUGAUCAAACGAAUUGUGGUCAGCAGUUCGGAAGAGGAGAACAUUGCAAACGGGCAACAGUUGCACGGAUCUCCCAUGCCAGCUAUGCUUAGUUCUUUUGAAGUGUCUGGUAUUCCUAUUAGACGGGCCCGCUUCAAUAGAUGCGGUAAAAAGGAUAAACUGAAAAUCAUGUGGUAUGUGGAAGUGUUUGAUAUACCUCCGGUCACCGCGUUGACAACUCUGGCUGAACACUUCAAUAUUCUUAGUCAAACGAAUCAGCAUCGUGUGCAACCAUGUGCAUAUAGAAAAAUGCCUUCUAUUGGGAAGGAGGCUUUUCAAAAGGACAUCCUACCGAAGAUCAAAGUGCUCCUGUUCAAUUUGUUCGACCACGCGCAUCCAUCCGUACGAAUCAAUGCGGUUCGACUGUACACAACAUGUCUCAAGCGAUGUCCCCAUGCGGUUGUUCAGACAGCUCUCGAUGAGAUCAUGAACGAAGUUUGUGUCCUGCCCAAUGUGAAUGGAUCGGGGACAGAUGUCGAGUUGGUAAGUGAUUGA